GUAGCUGGAAAUAGAAGAACUUGACAAAAACAAGUUUUCUCAUUUUUUGAUCAUUUAUUUCUGGAUUAAUUGGACAUUUUCAUCAUCCAGUCUACACAGAGAUGGUGAGUUCUACAAGAUACCCACUCUUGACGGAUAGUAAUGUUGAUGACCAGGAUGAUCCAAGCAUAAGAUUGAAGAUCUCUAAUGAUCAGUAUGAACAACCAGUUCAAGGCAGAAAGGGAGGAUGGAAAUCAGCUAUUCAUAUCAUCGGUGUUGAAGUUGCAGAGAGAUUUGCAUUUGCCGGAACAUCAGGAAACCUCAUUACUUACCUCACUGAUGUACUGGGUCAGUCUACGGCAAGGGCUGCCCAGAACGUCAACGUUUGGUCAGGUGUAGCGACUCUGCUUCCAUUGUUAGGAGCUAUCAUUGCUGAUUCUUACUUAGGCCGGUUUAAAACAAUUAUCAUCUCUUCUUUCAUCUAUGUCAUGGGACUAGUUAUGUUAACGCUUUCCGUAUCCACUUUGAUUCCACUAAAAUUUCAAUAUUGGGUGUUCUUCGUCUCGCUAUAUUUUGUUGCAAUAGGAGAGGGUGGACAUAAACCAUGUGUGCAAACAUUUGGUGCAGAACAAUUUGAUGAACGUAUUCCAGAGGAAAAGAAAGAAAAAAGUUCGUUUUUUAAUUGGUGGUACUUUGGAUUAUGUAGUGGAACUAUGGUCGGUAUGUUAGUUGUAUUUUACAUUCAAGAAAACGUAGGUUGGAUGAUUGGUUUUGGUCUUCCUGCACUUGCAAUGGCAGUUGCACUGGUUAUGUUUUUGAUAGGUUCAGGAUUCUAUCGUAGUCAUGUUCCUAAAGGAAGUCCAUUAGUUCGAAUUCUGCAAGUGUUUGUUGCAGCUUACCAUAAACGCCAUUUAUGUGUCUCAAAGGAUGGGGUUCUAUUGUAUGAGGAAGAAAACCGAGAUGAUGCUGGUUUAGCAUCCAAGGGAUGGAUCCUCCCUCCCACUAAUCAACUCAAGUGUUUGGACAAAGCUGCAAUCAAGGACAAAAUGGAUACGGCGAGCCACAUGAAAAAUGAUUGGAGGCUUUGCUCUGUUACCCAAGUAGAAGAAGUGAAGCUCCUUCGUUUAGUCCCCAUUUGGUUGAGUUGCUUGUCUUUCGCCAUAGUUCAGGCACAAGGAGGUACAUUUUUCACUAAGCAAGGAAGUUCAAUGGACAGAACGCUUGUUCACGACUUCCGCAUACCCUCAGCUUCUCUUCAAGUAAUAACCGGUUUGACAAUAAUCCCGGCAGUCGUGAUUUAUGAUAGAAUUCUAGUUCCAAUAGCAAGAAACUGGACAGGAACCCAAUCUGGAAUAACAAUGCUUCAAAGAAUUGGGAUCGGAAUAUUUUUUGCAGCACUUUCAAUGGGGGUAGCGGCGUUAGUAGAGGCGAGACGAGUUCAAGUUGCUAUGCAAUAUGGUCUAAUCGACCAACCCAAUAUAACAGUUCCUAUGAGUGUUUGUUGGUUACUGCCUCAAUAUGUGAUAGCAGGAUUCGCAGACGUAUUUACUAUUGUUGGCUUACAAGAAUUCUUUUAUGAUCAAAUGCCUGAUGAGAUGAAAAGUAUAGGAGCUGCAGUUUAUCUGAGUAUUAUGGGUGUCGGGAGUUUUUUAAGCAGCCUUAUCAUCUCAGUUGUAAAAUUUACGAGUUCAAAAAAUGGAGAUGAAUGGUUGCGGGACAAUCUUAAUAGGGCUCACCUUGAUAAUUAUUACUGGUUAUUAGUAGGAUUAUGUACUUUGGGGCUUGGUGUUCAUAUAGCCGUUUCUAGGUGUUACUCGUACAAGAAAACUGUUGUUGAUUCACUCACAAAUCAACUCUGA